AUGGUGUUCGAGAACUUGGAAGGACUAGAGCCAGUGAGCCCAAAUGGCCAGUACUUCAGUAGUGAUGUGAUAACUCUUUCGGUUCUUGCUGUUUUGGAAUUUGAGAUUCCAAUUGAUACCGAGUCUCAAACAAUAAUGUCAUUGCUUAAGAACGUCUUCCUCCCCAUCAGCCCCCGUUUCUCCUCUAUCAUGGUUGAAAAUGAUGGAAAGAAAGAGUGGAAAAGGGUCGAAGUGAAGCUUGAAGAUCACGUUAACAUCCCUACUUUCCCUUCCAACCUGUCGCCUGAAUCAUAUGACGAGUAUCUUGAGGAAUAUUUGUCAAAGUUAUCAACAGAAAGAUAUCCACAAGGCAAACCACUAUGGGGAGUUCAUAUUAUCAAGUACCCAACUAGCAAUGCAGCUGGGAAUAUAAUCUUCAAGUUUCACCAUGCUCUAGGAGAUGGCUACUCUCUCAUGGGUGCUCUCAUUUCUACUCUACAAAGAGCUGACAACCCUUCUCUCCCCUUAACUUUUCCUUCACGACAGCGGUCAGAAUCGAAGAAGAGGGAUAAUUUUUUUAUGACUAAGCUUUUCUCAUCUGCAUGUAACACAAUUUCAGAUUUUUGGUGGGGCAUUUCCAAGACCUUGAAAGAAGAUAAUCCAACACCAAUCAAGUCGAGCAAUGAUGCAAUUGAGUUUCGGCCAAGUACUAUAGCAACUAUGACCUUCUCUCUUGAUCAACUCAAAUCAAUCAAGAACAAGCUUGGAGUGACUCUAAAUGAUGUUCUCACCGGGAUGAUCUUCUUCGGAACUCGACUGUACAUGCAAGAGAUUGACCAAAGUUCAAGCACAGCAGAUUGUACAGCAAUGGUGUUGCUGAACACAAGGAUCAUGGGGGAUUAUAUGCCAAUUGAGGAGAUGAUCAAACCCAACAGCAAGAUGCCAUGGGGAAAUCGUUUUACAUUCUUGCAUGUACCCAUACCCAAUUUAACUGAACUCUCAAAUGCGGAGGACUUUAUCAGGAACACACACAAAAUGAUAAACAGGAAGAAAAACUCUUUAGCUGCUUAUUUCACUAGUAGGCUAUUGGAGAUUGUGAACAAAUUUGGAAGCCAUGAGGCAGCCAGCAGAUACAUUCAUCGCACAUUGAAGAACUCGAGCAUGGUAAUCUCAAAUAUGAUUGGUCCCGUGGAGAAGAUGUCUCUGGCUAAUCAUCCAAUUAAAGGUUUCUACUUUUUGGUUCCUGGUUUACCUCAGGGGAAGGAAGGUUCUGAUAUGUUGCAAAUCUUGCGAUAG